AGGUUUGGUUGCGGUGGCAGAUGGGCUUGGUCGGUGACUGAGUAGCGGUGCUGCAGGAUUUGGACGGAGCGGCGGUUGCCCGGCGCGAGCCCUCCUCCUCCUCCUCCCCCCCGCGCGGCCCCGGGGGUGAAAAUGGUGCCCUAGCAGCGCUGGGACCAUGUCGGAAGCGGCCCGGAGCCUCCUGCAGCGCUGGGGCGCCAGUUUCAGGAAAGGCACCGACUUCGACUCCUGGGGGCAGCUCGUGGAGGCGAUAGACGAGUAUCAGAUGUGAGUGCGGGGUGGGCGGCGGCGGCGGCGCCUGGGGCUGCUGAGGCGAGGCGGCUCCGAAGGGCUGGGCAGCCCGGCGGCGGCGGGUGAGAGGCGGCGGGCGGCACUGGGUGGGGCAAAGAAGUUGAGGCUGGGGCGAAGGCACUUGGAGGGCUGCGGGCGCCUGGGUGGGUCUGGCGCUUCUGGGCGGAGGCCGAGGGUGGUGACCCGAAGGGCACAAGCAUCGAAAAAGCUCUGGGUGGGGCUGAGGAGCUGAGAGGCUCCGGUUCCUCAGGAGACGAGGGCGGUGGAGGCGGGGGGGGGGGUCUGAAGGCUGCGAGAGGUUCUGCGUGCUUGGAGCCCACUUCAGGAGGAUUGAUGUGGGGUUUUUUGGGGGGGGUAGGGCCACGAAGGUCCCGGGGGGGUUGCCUGAGGGUGCAGAUGAGGCCGUCUGCAGUUGAGGCGUUGGGGAGCCGUGGGAAGGGCUGCUGAACUAGAUCACUCCUAUCUCUAUUUCUAAAUAUUUGCCUCCAACAUUGAGCUUUGAAGCCUUAAGGAAGGAUGGGGAGAUAUCUCCGCCUCAGUGUCCUCGCCCUGGGUCUCUCUCUCUCUCUCUCUCUCUGUGUGUGUGUGCGUGUGUUCUGCGCUGAAACCUAAAGUUAACAUUAGAAAUAAGACUAAAUGAUUUUGUUAACGUUGUCUUGCUUUCCCAGGCACAUCUAUGUGUUUGCCAGUUGUGUGGUGUCUGGGGAAAGUUUUGCCUUUGGGAGCCACCUGUUGUUGUCCACAUUGUUAAUCUGGAUGCUGCGACUAUCUCUCAGCCCUCGCUGGAGCUGCCAGAUGUGCUGUGGCACAGGGUUUCUUGCAACUCUAGAAACCAUCUGUGGAAGAAGGGUUUCUGCAGGUGCAGGUGCUUUGGAUGCCGUGCCGUGGAGAUCUGUGCUUGCCAGUUAGAUACCUACCCUCCAUAAAAAUUGGAUAGACCCACCUUUUCUUUCCUGCCAAGCUUUCAUGUUUUGCCGAUCGGCACCCAGCUGGCACUUGGGGACUGCUGCAUAAUAUUAAUAGCUUGCUGGGAAGCAAUUAUGACUGCUGUUCUUGACUUGAAUCAAAUCUGCAAAAAGCCAGAAGACAGGCUGAGAUCCAAGAGAGCUGUUUAAGCCUUAAACUCGUGCAAGGGGCUUUCGGUUAAAUUUGUUCCUAUUCAAACAGCUGACAUCCUCCCUGCCAUACCACAAACAGCUUUUAAAGCGCCUUCGUGACUUCCAGUCAGUAUGGCAUGGGGAGGGCUCCAGUUCAAGAAAAAGAAGUCUUAAAAACCCAUUGACCUCACAGAAUGAGAUUAAUAAUUCUUUGGUGUCUUGUCUUAGAACAUGUGCCCUUCAUCUUUCAAAUAGUUAUUCACUGUGCGUUACAAGUUACUUCAGAAUCUUUUUCUGUCCCUCCCACAACAUAGGAGUAUCCCUUUUUGAGUGCCAUGUAGGUGUGAAGUGUAGAAUCAGUUAUAUGCCCUCUAUUGACAUACGCUGAAGCUUGUUCUAGGCCUCCCCUUGUUAGUAUAUGCCAUGCCACCACAUCAUUGUUAAUCAGAGUACAGUGAACCCAGUUAUUAUUAUUUAUUAAAUUUCUAUACCACCUUUCAUCUGAGAAUAACAGGUCAGUUUACAAUAUUAAAAAACCCACACAACAUAGCAAAAAACAAAACAAUAGCACCCCCUACACAUAGUUUAAAAAGCCAUAAAAGGUAAAGGUACCCCUGACAGUUAAGUCCAGUCACGAACGACUCUGGGGCUGCGGCGCUCAUCUCCCUUUACAGGCCAUAAAUUGUUUAAUUAGCCAAAGGCCUGGGAGAAGAGGAAUGUGUUCGCUUGACACCUAAAGAUAUGUAAUAAAGGCAUCAAGUGAGCCUCCCUAGAGGGAGCGUUCUAGAAACAGAACCACCUUAGACAAGGCCCAUUCUUGUGUUGCCACUCUCUGAACCACUCAUGGAGGGGGUGCAUGGACAGGGUAUAAACUACUACUACUAAUAAUAAUAGUAAUAAUAAUAAUAAUAAUAAUAAUAAUUUAGAACAAAUUGACCCUCAGAACAUUCCCUUCUGGGCCUUCAGGCUGAACACAGUUCCCCACUGCUGCUCUGAGGAGCUCAAGGUGGCAUUCAUGGGUCUCAGUUUCCCCAUUUUGUACCCACAACCCUGAGAGCUUGGUUAGGCUAAGAGAGAGUGAUUGGCCAGAUGAGGGAAAUAGUCUCUCCAUAGUUCUGGAAAUUUAUGGGGUCCCUAGUUAACAGUCCUUUGUGGCACUUUAAAAAAAGUCUUACCAAUUCAUACUGCAAUUCUGUUCAUAUCAGGAAGCAAUCCCUAUGGAAUUCAGUGGGGCUUAUUUCUGAGUAAUGUACGUUUAUUGUGGCAUGAACCCACAGUAGACAUUGUCACAGCAGGCAUAUCUUUUGAACCAAGGUUUGCACUGGUCUUUUUGAACCUGAGAUUCUUCGCCAACCAGCUUUUACUGAGGUGCCUCAAGUUGUUACUGUUUUUAUUCUAGAGUUGUGCUUUUAAGUUGUAGCUGCUUGUAACGUAUGAAAGUGUGGUAUAUAAAUAAUUAAGUAAUUUAAAAGUUAAGACAUUUAGUUAGGUACUAAGUAUCGUGAUCUCGUCCAUGGGGUCAUGAAGAGUCGGAAACGACUAAACAACAACAACAACAACAACAAAGUAUUUGUACAACUAAACUAAGAGAACCAGAAUAGUUGGAGGCCAUGCAACUUUUCUUCUAGGAGAGAAGCAACUGUGACCGCUUCUGAACCUAAAGUAUGACACUUUUCAGUUUAGUUAGGCACUAAGUAGUUAGUUGUACAAAGGCAAUACUGUACUUAAAUGUCCACUAUAUCCUUGCAAGGGAGGAGGAUAGAGAGAAAACCAGUGCAACUUGGCUAUGUCCCCAUGGCCUUAUUGGCCACCCCACUGUGACUUCCUUGCUGUCCCACUGGUUUCAGCUACCUUUGGCUGCCACUGAUUUGCAAUUGGUGUUACUGAUUUAUGAGUAUGUAUCACUUUUUAUGUAUCAUGCAGGUUGUCAAGUAAGAAAACACUUAAAUACCUGCUGUUGACAUUUGCUGGAGCUGUUCUAGGUCUCCACUGGAAUUGCCUGUAAAAUGUUAAUACAGAGGACAAUUCACUCAAGGAGAUGCCAAGUACAGUACUGCAUCAGAUGGUCUGUGCAAAUAAAGGUUCAUUUCUAUGUUUGCGAUGGAACUUAAUAUAGAUUUUACAUGGAAAAUGCUGUAGGGUUUCACGGUAGGCUUGUGGAACUCCAAUAAUUUUUUCUUGUUAAAUUGAUUUGGUUUGUGCAGUAUGCAUUAGUUUCAGACUUUCCUGGAAAACCAUGCAAAUUGUUCUGCGAUAGGAAUUUAGCCAUUCUGUCUUGCCUCUUAAAAAUUUCACAGGUUUUUGAAGGAGGAGAUAAACCAGGUGGCAGAAGUGAUGAACCUCAUCACUAAUGUCUCAUCAGAAAGCAGUAGUAACAGUGUGACACUCUUUUCCCCUGGCAGCUGCUUAAGUGGUGGAGCAUAACAUCCCUUUUCAUUGAACUGUAUUUCAGGGCUGUCUACUGCAACACUUUCACUUGAUAUGAGUGUGCAAACCUGCCCUAAGAGAUGUAAUGGUGAAAUCUAGAAAUGGCAAAUGUGGUCCUGUAUUUCUAGGACAAAAAUAGGGCAGAGUAAUCCUGUGGGCGGAUUUGGAUUUGCAUCCAAAUCUCAUGCAUUCAGAGUUGCAGUUUUGCCAGUUUGACUCAUGGUGUGCCUUUGGAUAACUUGCCAGCUCCCAACUUAGCUUCCCAUCUUUAAAAUAUUGAAAAUGGUGCCUCAAUAACUGUUAGAUUCUUUGACAGAUUUGAGCAACCUUUUGCGUACCAAGGGCUUCAUUCUGUGAUGAUGGUAGAUGGGGCUGGAGCAAAAAGUAGAUGGGACCAUUCUUCCAUUCUCCUUUUUCAUACUGCCAAGGACUUGCUCAGCUGAGCAGGCCACAGCACUCUUGCUAGAAAUGUGAACUUGCAGGGACCUUUUGAAAUUAGACUGAGGGCCACAGAUUGCCUAUCCCUGUUCUGCAGCAAUAUGGAGGCCUGGGAAUAUUGUGGGGCAAAACCUUUUUCCUGUUUUCAGCCCUACAUGGGGAAAUUGAAAAUUUUAGGUAAGUGGGGAAAACAUUAAGUACUUAUCUCUUUUAGAAUAUUGGAUGGGAUGCUUUUAAAGGCACUGUUUUAAAAUAUUGGUGUUCGGUGAACUUCGUUCCCUUAAAAUGGUUUCUAAGAGCAAUCAACUUUGCUAGAUUUUAUAUUAUUUUUACAUUUACAUUCUGCUCUUCAUCAUAAAAAGUUCUCAGGGUGAGUCACAAAACAUACAAACACAUAAUAUCAAAGGUGAAAAUAAGACACGCUUAAAACCCACUUUGAGAAUUGUUCCUUUGCUAUCCCUCCUAAAAUGUCAGGUUUCACCUCUUCAUAUUAUAUAUUUUUUGUAGCUUUAUAGAUGGGUAGGGACAGUCUUUGCUGUUCUGGCUUAACUUCAUUUAGGUUUAAGAUGAGCAAAUUCAAUCUUUGAAAUGAAAUCACAAAUCUCAUACUUCAGAAAGGCAAAAGAGGGUGUGCUGGACAGAAAUCAUUGUAUGCUUGUAUAGAAAUCUUGCAAAAUUGACAGUUUAUAGUACAUGUACAGAAUUAGAAAGUUAAUAUAUAUCGUUCAGACUGUUCCACUUAGAUUUGUGGAGUUGUUUGGCAACAUAAACUGUGUGCAGCUUUCUUUGUAUCUUUCCAGGUAGGUAAGUAUGAGUUUCCAUUUGCAAGUUUAGAGCAUUUCACUGUUUUUCUUGCUGUUAAAUUGAUAGCCCUUGUCACUUUACAGGGUUGUAUAACCCUGCAAAGGGAUUUAUUGUCUCUUUCAAAUGUAUGCUGUAUGCUAUGCAUUUAAUUUAUAUAAAGAAAGUAGUACUACUUUAAUAAAGUCAUAUUUUUCCAUGUACCUAAGAUCAGGCUUCCUCAACCUAUGUUUUUGGCCUAUAACUCCCAUGAUCCCUAGCUAGCAGGACCAGUGGUCAGGGAUGAUGGGAAUUGUAGUCUCAAAACAUCUGGAGGGCCGAGGUUGAGGAAGCCUGCCUAAGAUUUUCAAACACCUUUUUGCCUUCUCAACUACAUACCUCCAAAAUCUCUAGCAUUUCCCCACCUUGCUUUUUUUUGGUCUCCCAUCUCUUAUUCCAUUAUACAAGAGGUUUAGAAGCUUGUCACUCAGCAGGAACCUGAACCUAUAGCUCCUGGCAACUCAGGCCAUGAGGAAAAGUGGGCUGAACUCUUGGUCCAUCUACUUCAAGCACCUGAGAAAAGAGGUGCUUCCACUGCACCAUUUACAUCUCUUGGCUUUGUGCAUUGCUGGAAGCAGCAUAUAGGUAACAUAAAUACCAAAUGGUCUGAUGGUUGAUCUGGAAAAACCCUACUAGCUGAAAUUAUGUGUUACAAGCCAUGUGCUGUGUAGGCUUACAUUUCCCCCAUAAUUUGAAGGAUUUCUCAUGGAGCGGUAUGCAGUUGUGAGGAGAGAGGCAAGCCUUUUCUGAUCUUUUUUUCACACCACCUUUUUGGUUGGCCUGCAUAAUGGGUAUAAAAGCUUUUGUUUGUUGUUGUUUUUAAAAGUGGAAAAUUGAUGCCCUGUUUCCAUUUACUGCAGGGCUAGGGGAACUUUUUCAGUCUGAGGUCCACAUCCCCUUUCAGGUGACAUGGAGGCCACAUGCCAGUGAUGAGCAGGCCAGAGGGAAGAGUGGGCAGAGCAGUAAUUGUAAAUUUUACCUUAAUGCACCAGCCUAGUUUCUAUACACACACAUACCCAAUUCUAUAUCCUCCAUCCAGGCAAGCAAGAAUCUUCAUCAGAGUUCAAGGGCACAUUCCAGCCGGGCAAAGGCACUCAAGGAGGGUGGGGAAGCAAGGCUGUUAGGGUGUGUGGCUUUGGGGACAGGGUAUGUAACUGGAGAGAGUCAGAUUGAGAGGCCCAGAGGGCUACAUUUGACCCCUGGGCCUGAGUAUCCCUACCCUUAACUUAGUGUGUUGAAUAAAUCUGCGGGUGACCAGUCAAAACAACCUGUUUUCUGCAUUUUCUUGGGCUUCUUUGCUGGGGGAUUUGGGGCAUGCCACAUACUUUGCUGUUUGCCACUGACCUGCAUGGCCCAUUCCCUGAGGCAAGCAUUAGCUCUGUCUUUGUUGCCACACAGGCAGAGGUGCAAUCUUAUUUAUUUUAGACUUGGGAGAAUAUUGGUACAUACUUUCAGAAUCCCUGUAAGCUGUGGCAACCAUUUUCAAGCUUUCUGUCUUCAACUAGCCCUGUGCACAUUGGUUUGCCUGCUGGGGAGCUGCUAUGUGUUGCAAAGAUUUCUAGGGUACACAGUUCACAAAGCUGGUUAGCCAGAUAUAUAAUAAUUGCUUUUCUACCCUGGAACACAGCCAAUGAGGUCAUGUAAGGAAAGAUCAGUAAAAAUAAGAGGGGUUUCUGAUGGCUCCUGCUCCUAGGUAGAUUCCUGCUAAAUGAAUUUUGUCUCAUCUUGACCCUUUCUCAUUAAUAAUAAUGAACUUUUUCAGUGAAGUUCCACAUGUUACCGGCUUACUGAUUACGAAACAGAAUUGCCAACAGCCCGCUUCUGUACGAGUAUUUUUUGGAAGCAAGUAUAAAUUGUUUAGCUUUGAUUGAAAUAGUGGUAGAAAUGGAUCGUAUAAGUUCAGUGUCUAGAUUGGAAUGAAUUUAUUGCUCUCGAUCAUUAUUCCAAGGAAUCUCCAAUAACCUGAUGUUCAGCAGGCUCCAGCAAGACCUUUAGGCACACCUCCAACAGGUUGUUGCUGCCUGCUGCUCUACUACACUAGUACCUUAGCUGUUGUGAAGCUUUCCAGUUCCGGGUGCAGCUUUUGGGGCAUUGCCAACAAGGGUGGGUAGCUGCUGUUGGGAGGCAGAGAUUCGGAAGCACUAUUGGGCGUACUUUUGUUUAUAUCCUAGCCCUAAUUCCUGCCACUUGUGUGAACUUGGAUUAAGUUGCCUGGAGUCUGCAUUAUCUGUUAUAUGAAACAGCAUAACUUCAGUUCCCUGUAUGUUACGUAACUCCUUGGUUUGAUUGCAUCUGCUUAGAAAGUGCAUUGGAAGUUGUAUAUCUGCUUCAAACUCAACUUUCCUGCAAGUCAGAUUAUAGAUUUUAAAAAUGAUAGGAACAGGGAUCUCGUUUUGAGAGUGUUUUGGUGCCCUUGAUCACAUAAAUGCUUCCUCAAAUAUAAAGCAAUUUCUGUCAUUCUCUGAUAAGGACUUGACCUACAGAGAUGCUAAAUGGUAUGGAUAUACUAUGGCUUUUUAUAGAGAAUAGUAACAGGUGUUGUUAGGGGCUUGGUUGAGAUGUACAGUAGUAGUUUUACUAUUUCUUAUUUACUCAGAAUUUACAUCAUAGGUGGGAGUUGCGUUAAUGACAGUAAGAAUUUCCAUGUAGAAUGUAAUGAUGGAGGCAACAUAGACCAACAUAACUGUGUCUUCCAAGCAUAAACAUAAGAAACAUUGGGUGGCUAAUUAAUGUAUGUCUCAAUUAGUUCUAGGUGAAAAUGUUUGCGGAAGUGCAUGUUUUUAAAUCUUGGUUUGAUUGUCCUUAUUUUAAUUCUUGUAUACCUUCCUAACACUAUAUAAUAUACAUGCUGUUUCAUUACUGAGAACACUGUCUGCCUCCUAACAUAAAAAAUACAGGUUUCUGUUUAAACCUGUUUUUAAGAAUUUUAAGAGCACAGUUACCCUUUUUAUGACCCUAAAUUUCACUAUGUGUCUCCCCUCUUUCCAGAUUAGCAAGGCAUCUACAGAAAGAGGCCCAGUCUCAACCCAACAACUCAGAAUUCACAGAAGAUCAAAAGGUACAUGAUGGUGUAUGUUCAUUGGUGGUGGAAUAUUCUUUAAAAUAGUUUUUAACCCUUUCCUUGCAGUCUUUGGGUGGAGGUAAAGAGAAAAGAGGAAGUACUAUCUGGGCAGCCAUUUUAAAAUAUUGGGUUUUGUGUGGCAGUGAAUGUCUGAAAACUGCCUUGUCAUUAUCUGCCCUCUAAAGCUUUGGGCAUUCAGCUUUCAGGAGAAUAAAUUUUGUUCAAAGAAACUUAACAUAGAUUACCAUAGAUAGAAAGUACUCUCACUGCUAAGCAGGAGAUCCCUGCUUCACCGUGCACCAACAAGUUAGCCAGGCCAUUGAAAAUUCAUUCAUUUUAUUAUACAGGUGUCAUUUUGGCUUUAAACCAAAUCUUUCCAUUCACAAUUUGUUAAUGAGAAGGCCAACCUGGCUGCCUCCAUUGCAUCAUUCAGCAGAGCUUUUCUGUGUAGUACAGGGCGUUUUAUACUCUAGCCUGAUGGAGGUGGUAAAACUAAUGGUGUCUCACCGUGACUUGUUUGUGCAGCAUUUUGAGGAUAAAAUUACUUGCAUCUGCUGAACCUUGACUUCAUAGCAGGUGAAUCUCAAGAGGGAUCCAGAACACUGCUUUGUCUUGUUUUGUUGGAUGAACUUCAGUUGGUAUGGUUUGAGGGUGUGAACAAGGUGCUUGGAUUGGUGUGGGUCUGUACCUUUGGUCUUCAUUGCUGAUAAAAACUAAUAAAGAGGGGAAGGCUAGUUGGGCCAGAUGUGAUUGAUGCCUCUUUACUAGAAAGAACGGUCCCUGUCUGCUUAAAGGAUGUAGUGGUAAAACCACUCCUUAAGCCUUCCCUGGAUCCACAAAAUUUAAACAGCUGCCAGCCUGUUACUAAUGUCCCCUUCUUGUACAUAGUUCGUGAGCAAGUGGUUGCUAACCAAAUCCAGGCUCUCUUGGAUGAAACAGAUUUUCUAAAUCAAUACCAAUCAGGGUUUAUCAUAGCCUUGGGGCUAUGAUGUGUGAUAGAAGUGAAUGUGUAUGGGUAAAUUGUCCACUGAGAUCUGGAGCUUGAAUCACUUAAUAGGUAAAUGCUUCCAGACCUAAAUUAGGAAAAAAUGUAUGCUAAAAUAGUUUUGAUUGAGUCUCCAUAUUGCUUAACUGACUCUGCCUGGUCUUAAGUACAACAGACAAAAUUUUGCUCUUGAACAGAGCUCCUCUCUUCUUCCUACUGCAGUCCCCCCCGCAAAAAAAAAAAAAAAAAUGCUUCUCAGAACACCAUGAAAUAUGAGGACUUUAGCUGAAGGAAGGAUCAGCAGAUUGGCGGUCUCCCCUUGCAUUAAUGGAAAUGUCUUCUACUCUAGGGCUCUGUUGAAUCCCUGCCAUUGUGUAGUAGAGCCUUCAAAUGGAUCUUAAAUAAGAGUAUGCAUGGUGAGGAUUCAGAGAUUAAUUCCCUGCCUUUCAAGGCACAUUCUAGGAUAGCAUUGAAGUAUAAUUCACAAUAGGGAAGCCAAUGUGCACUCUGAAAAGUUUUGGUUAGAUCUAUGGUCCAUCUUAAUCAAAAGAGUGAUGGGUGGAUAAAGGCAGAACAAGCAGGUGUUAAUGCCAAGGACAUUUCUUCAUUUCUUCACAGCUAUAUGUUUAUAUCUGCUGUGACGAUUGUACAACUAUCAUUGCAAAAUGAUGAGAUUUAAUGGAUCUUGCUUUAAAUGUCAAGAUACAAUCUCUGAAAGAAUAACCAGCUUUGUUUUGGACUAUUUUUUUAAUGUAAAGAGAUUCUUCUUCCUAUCUAGAGUAGCAAAUUGCUACAUGGCAAUUAGAAGGGGGCGGGUCUUCCCUGGACACUGCCAUCUCAGUGCAUAAAUUUCUGAUAAUAAUAAUAAUAAAUUUUAUUUAUAUCCCGCCCUCCCCAGCCGAAGCCGGGCUCAGGGCGGCUGACAACAAUAAAACAGUACAAAUGUACAGCACAAACAACACUCUAAAAUCAUUCAUUAUAAAAUUAAUUAAUUCAAGCCACUGGCAACCAUUGGGCCAGAGCUCCGCGAAGAUUGCCGAGGGAGGGAGUCAGGCUGUGCCCUGGCCAAAGGCCUGGUGGAACAGCUCUGUCUUGCAGGCCCUGCGGAAAGAUGUCAAGUCCCGCAGGGCCCUGGUCUCUUGUGACAGAGUGUUCCACCAGAUCGGAGCCAUGGCCGAAAAAGCCCUGGCUCUAGUUGAGGCCAGCCUAACUUCUCUGUGGCCUGGGACCUUCAAGAUAUUUUUAUUUGAAGACCAUAAGUUUCUCUGUGGGGCAUACCAGGAGAGGCGGUCCCGUAAGUACGAGGGUCCUAGGCCGUAUAGGGCUUUAAAGGUUAAAACCAGCACCUUAAACCUGAUCCUGUACUCCACCGGGAGCCAGUGCAGCUGGUAUAGCACCGGGUGAAUGUGAUCUCGCAGCGAAGACCCCGUAAGGAGUCUCGCUGCAGCAUUCUGCACCCGCUGGAGUUUCUGGGUCAGUCUCAAGGGCAGCCCCACGUAGAGCGAGUUACAAUAAUCCAGUCUGGAGGUGACCGUCGCGUGGAUCACAGUGGCUAGGUCAGGGCGAGAGAGGUAAGGAGCCAACUGCUUAGCUUGGCGGAGAUGGAAAAAUGCCACCUUUGUUGUAGCUGCAAUCUGCGCCUCCAUGGAAAGGGAAGAUGUUCGGGGGGGGGGGAACAGGAGCAAAGAAAGCAUUCAGGCUCUGAUGUUCUAAGAAGGAAGGGUCAGGAAGCAAAUGAAUGAUGUGUUUCUUUAGGGAGAAGUGGAUAGGUGACUAAAUAGAAUGGAGUUGGGUUUGGAAUUAGACUGAGAACUUUUCAGCCACAUCUCUCUCUUUUAUAAAUAUGCAAGUGCCAAAAACAUUUGGAGAGAGAAACUGUGUUCAGUCAUUAAUACUAGAAUCCACAAAACCAAGAUGGGUGAGCUGAAGUGCAUGGUUUUGAAGGCAAGCAUAGAUAGAAUCGGCAUAACAGAAACCUGGUGUAAUGGAGAGAACCAGUGUGACAUGGUUAUCUCUAGGUACAAACUCUAUAGGAAGGACAGGUGCGGCCAUAAUGGACAUUGUGUCAUUCUAUGCAUCAUAGAGGACAUAAAGUCAAAUGAGAUAGAAAUUUCACUAGUUUAAUCCCUUUGUUGUUUAAUUCCUUCUUACUGGUCACACCUCUCUUCCCAUGGUGAGUUCUUGGCUCUUGUGAAAGGGGGGUUGUGUCUUGAUCUUUCUGUUACAUUUAGCAGUAUGAAGUCAUGAAAAUCCUGUUUCAUUGCAAACUAUCACUGUGUUGAAACAUACCGUACUUAUAGCUGAUUACUAGCAAAUAGACUUAAAGCUCUAACAAAGCAAAAUUCAAUUUGGAUGAAAAACAUGUGCAGUAGCACAAACAUUACUUGCACAGCAGAGCUAAUGGUUAACAUAUCCAAUAGUGCACUCUUAAGAUUCAGUUUUAACAUAAAUUGUGGACAAAGAUUCUCACUUGCAAGGACAUUACAACUUUAAUGCUUUUAAUGUGAUAAAUGUUUUCCCUGCUGAAAAAUGAAGCAUCUUGUUGGGGAAAGCAACACUUGGAAAAACAUUAGCUGUAUCUAGCUGUAGUGUUUUGGAUUUGGGGUUUUUUUUUUCUUUUAAAAAAAGUUAGUGUUGGGUGUGGUUCCUGAGAAAUAGCUAUGAAUAAUGCUUGCUGGUAUCUUGCCACCAUUCAAUAGAUCUCAGUUUCUUUCUUUAAAAAAUAACAAACCAGACCUAUUCCUUGUGGCUCUAAAUCUCUCCCAAGCAAAUCUGAGUGCAUUAUCAUUCUUCAACUCUCAAGUGCCUUCUAACACAUCUCAAAGCUUUCUGCUCCACAACAAAGUGCAGCUGGCAAGUUCAAGCAGCUGUAAUGCUCUAAUUUGGGGAGAAGAAAUAGGGCUGUAAGCCUAGCUGUUAAGCCAGGAAAGGAAAGCAGACUGAUACCUCACUUGCCUCUGGCUCAGUGCAGGGGGUGAGUGGGAAGGAAUGUGGGUGGAGGAAAAAGAAGAGAACAUCUUUAGCCCUCUUGUUUACAACACUGUAUUUGGGAAGAGUCUCAUAUUAGAAUUUAAUAUAUUCUGAUUUGCGUUCAUCUAUGAAGAUGUAGUCUCUUGUAGCUCAGUCUGGAAGUUGGUUGUCAUUCUGCUUUCAAACUACAUGUGUUGCACAGCUGAACUUGCAUAAUAAAAUGUAUAUCUUUGUGCAGGAGUGUGGCUGCAUAUGGGAAACAGCUCUUAGGAACACAGAACAAUAUUCUUGCCUGCUAUUUCUGCCUCUAUACUUAGAUAGGCACUUUGCCGUCUCUUCCAUCUUUUACACACACAACUGAAUUGCUGCUGCUUUAGUACAUGAGCUUGAAAAGAAAUAUUCUGUUAGUAAAAAAAAAAGUUAACUUUCUCCUCUCACUUACAGAAAACCUUAGCAAAGAUCGCAACAUGUUUGGAACUCAGGAGUGCAGCUUUGCAGGUACAGUUAAUUCAGUUUUCACCUUGUGACUUCCAGUUUCUUUGUGGGUCUCAAUGAAUGUUAAAUAAAAGACACUAUCUAUGGAAAGAUGGCUUGUUACAUAUAUUGUAUUCUAUUCCUGUUAGCCACUUAUUACAAGGAAUCAGAAGCAGAAGGAGAGAUAAAAUUAAGCAGUGGUUGAGAAUAGAAUCAUAGAAUUGUAGAGACUGUUUGAGGUCUUCUGGUCGAACCUCCUGCUCAAUUCAGAAUGGAGCUACAGCAUUCCUGACAAUCCUAUGCUUAAAUACCUCCAGCAGAGAUGCCAUCACUCCUAGGGCAGUCUGUUCCAUUGACAAACUGCUUUUUGUUAGCAAGUUUCUCCUAAUGCUUAGCUGAAGUCUUCUUUGCAAUUUGCAUUCUUUGUCUCUAGCCCUCUGGAACAUCAAAGCUCUUUAGAUAUUUGAAGAUUGCUAUCACGUAUUUCCUUAAUAUUAUCUUCUCCAGGCUCAACACACUCAGCUCUCUUUCUGUCAGUCUUCAUAAAACUUAGUUUCCAAACCCCUCACUGUUCUGACUACCCUCCUCUGGUCGGUCAAUGUUCUUCUUAAAACAACUUCUGAAUAUUGAAGGUGGUGGCUUUCUGCCUGUAUUUUCAAGCCUUCCAUGUUAAUAUCACCGAAGUGUUCCUAAAUAUCACCAAAGUGCUUAGGAGCACCUCACAAAGGUACUCUUGUCCCGUGAACAACAAAGUAAAGUAGACUGAUCACUUCACUAGCAGUGAUGUAUUUUGGAGUUGGUCUAGGAUGAGAAUGAUGUCUAGUUUUAUUUGUUGCUUUUCUUCACCUUUUAAAUUUUCUCCUAUAGAUAUUGUGCAAGAAAAAGUAACAUCAUCACUUGUAUAUAUUCUUCAGAGAAACUUUAGUUCCUUUCCUACUGACAUGUUAGAUCACAAUAGAAAGUAGCGCAAACUGAAACCUGUUUCAUAAUCAUUUUACUACAACAAGCACAGGAAUGAAGCCCUUUGGGAUUAAGCUGAAAUUCUCAAUGUGAAACUGCCCUAUACUGAACCAGACUAUGCAAUUGUCCAUAGUCUACUUUUCUUGACUGGUUGAAUUUCUCCAAGCAGAGGUCUCAACCCUGGUAUCUGAGAUCUUUUUAAAUAGAGACACCAGGGACUGAACUUUGGACCUUCUGCAUGCAAAGCAUAUGUAUGCUUUACUGCUGGAGCACAAAAAAUAGAACUGAGAAGCGUGAUACAUGGCAGUAUGUUUCCUUUGCCAUAAGAAAAGCAGCCAGGUUCUAGUCACUGAGAUUUCUGAAGACUUCCUCCCCGUAGUCAAGAGGAGCUGGAGGUGCUUGCCUUGGUGUCACACUGAGAGGUGAAGAAAUGCUGCUGGCCAACAGGCAGACUUCUAUCUCUGGUUAUCUUGCUCAGUUAAUCUCUCAUAGCUGUAAAAAGAAAAGUAGAGAUGAUAAGCCUGCUGCCUGUGGAUUUCUCUCCCUUCAGUUUGACAUCAGGACAAGCUCCUUCAGCUUUCCGAUUGGGGGAGCCUUUAGACCGUGGCUUAUAUUUUUCUCACAGUAAGUAUAAUGUUUCGCUGGGCUCUGACUUUAAACAAAUCAACCCAAAGUCUACAGUGUCAUUGCUUUCUUUUAAGUACAUACUACUAAAUUGCAUGCUGUUUCAACAUGCCAAUACUUCAGUCUUAAGCAAAUGUGUCGUUAUCUGCCUUCAACACCAGCAUAAUUACUUCUUGAUAUCUAUCUAUAUUGCCAACAGGUCUCCAUGCAAUAUAAUAUGUGAGCAUCACCAGGGUGUUUAAUUAAUUAAAUGCAGUGACUAGUAAGCUAGUAGUUGCUGCUGUUCUGUGUUCACUGCAGCCUUUAUUUCUUCCUGGUCUAUAACUUGCUUUGCCCUCCAGUCUUGAUCUCUGCUAUCUUCUCCUUGUAAAGUUACUUUGGCACAAGGCCCCACCUUAGUUCUGCCCGAUCAGACAUCUUAUCACUGGUUUCUUCACCUUUGGCCUGGUCUGACCACAUGAGCAAUUAAAACACAUCCAUGAUCCUUGAUGUUUUUUUUCCUGGUUCUAGUCCUGUAACCUGCAGUUCUCCAUAUCACGUUUGAAUCCAAUUCCCAUCAUCCCCAGCAUGACCACUUGUCAGGGAUGAUUGGAUUUGGGAGUCAAACAACAUCUGAAAGGCCACAGUUUAGUCCUGUAAACCCUGUUCUGAAUUUUGGUGGUCCUAACACACACAAAAAUUCCCACCCUGUGGUUUAAUUAAAAUAUAUAAGGGACCAGUGUGUGUGUGUGUGAUAAAGUGGAUCUAAUAUGGAAAAUGAUUGGACAUUAGUACCAUAUUCAAUUUUUGAAGAGAGCAGGUAUUGCUUAAGACUCACGAGGGAAAUAUUUUUUUUUAUUUCUAAUGCCUUAAUGAAUCUUCAUGAAGCUGGAGAGAAUGCUGUCUUUUUUGAUGCAUUAAAGACAUGCUGAUAAUUCAACAUGUUUUCCAGUCAGUUUUUUACAUCAGCAGGAUUUUGUGUCUCAAUAACUUUUUCCCUUUAGGUAAACAAUGAAGUUCAAAGGUACCCAAAGAACUAACAGUUAGUUUCUCUUUGAAAUACAGGGCCCUUUCAGGAAACAAGAGGUAGAACAAAAUGCAAAACCAGCGCUACUUUUACCAUUGUAACUGGCUGUAGCAAUGGAUAGUAGAUACAGAUAUGUAAUACUACUUUCCUUUUAGUCUACACAGUCCCAGGAAGAAUUUAAGCUAGAGGAUCUGAAGAAACUAGAACCAAGUAAGUAUCUUUUAAUUUCAAGAAUAAUUUAAAAGCAGUGUCAGUGUGGGAUGGUGUUCAGUCAGCCGUGCUAUUGUGGUAUUCUGGUUUCCUUUACUAUGCAUCACAAAGAACAGCUUGGAGGGCCCACAAGAUGGUCUUGGUUUUUAUAUCUAGGUGCUCGGGCACCUGAUUGCUAUGAAUGUAUUCCAUACAGUUCUAUAAAGUUUCUGUUGGUAAGGAGCUAGGAGCUGAUUGGUUUUCUCCAGGAAAAUAAUCUUCCAAGCAUGCUGUUCCGUCAGGCAAGUGAUGAAGCAACUUUCUAGACCAGAAUUUCAUAAAAUGAAUGCUGUGAAAAAGGUUGUUAAUGCAUCAUGAGAAAUUAAUUAAACAAGAAGUUACCUUUGAAAUGAAAAUAUCGGCACAGAUUUCCACUGCACCUGUGCAUGAUUCACUGGCUAUUUACCCUUCCAGCACAAUCGGAUUCUGCUUGGAGGAGGAGGAUGUGUAUGGAUCAUUCAGUCACUGUUGAUGUAAAGAUAGAUUAUCCCUCCUCUGAGACAGCUGCCCAUUAUGUGCCUACGUGAGCCACUCACAAUGCAUGUCCAGAACAGUGACUAUUGCAGAUACAUAAUGGGUUUUAGUCAAGAAAUGUCUACGCGGUGUAGACUCAUUGAAACGAAUGGCCAUGAUUAACCUAGGUCCAUUAAUUUAAUAUUUCUACUCUGAGCAGAAGUAAGUUGAAUACAAACCAGUGCGCAGGUUCCACUUUGGCAGGUAGCUUUCUUUGAUCCAAAGGGUUUAUUUUAAUGUAAGGUAUUGACUGAUCAGGCCAAUGGUCCGUCUAGUCCAGGCAUAGGCAAACUCGGCCCUCCAGAUGUUUUGGGACUACAACUCCCAUCAUCCCUGGCCACUGGUCCUGUUAGCUAGGGAUGAUGGGAGUUCUAGUCCCAAAACAUCUGGAGGGCUGAGUUUGCCUAUGCCUGGUCUAGUCCAACAUCUUGUUCUCAGAAUUGCCAACCAGAUGCCCAUGGGAAACCUGCAAGCACUCUACCCUCCAGUGGUUUCUGGCAAUUGGUAUUUAGAGGCCUACUGCCUCUGACCAUGUGUAGCCACCAUGCCUAGUAGGCUUUGAUAACCACCAACUUGGAUGGCUUUAAAAGGAAGUUAUGCAAUUCAUGGAGGGUAGGGCUUUCACAGCCUCCUAUGUGAUUGAACUACCCUGGAACUUUUUUAAAUAAAGGAUGACAUGUGAGUAUUUUAAAUAAAUCAAUAUAAGCAAACAUCAUGAGUGAAGCAUUCCAUUGUACUUUUAACCUUCUUGUGAACUUUUGACCCUCCUAUGCAGGAGAGAGCUGCGAGAGCAAGUAUUUUACAACCCAAAUUUUCUAACCAAUACCUAAAUGUAGCAUGAUUGAAAAUCCUAUUUCUUCACACAUGGAAAGCUUGAAAACAGUAGUGUCAUAUUUUGAUUUGGGCAAAGGGGACUGAAUUGAUGUUGCUCUGAACCUGGUACUUACUUUUUUCUCCACUCGUAACUCUUAAGGACACGAUCCUAUGCAAGUCUGAACCCCUCUUUGCUCAUUUUGGUUUAUUCCCAGGAGCGUGUACAUAACACUGCAGCCUUAGUCUCUAGUGUGCUUUUUCACAAAAGGGAGAGGUGCCCUGAAUUUUUCCGUUCUUGAACAGGAGAGUGGUGAAAUUGGAUUCUUCUGUAGUAAAGCGUUGAAAGCAAAGUGCUUUCCUUAACUUCUCAGUGUGUUGGGUAAAUCACAGGUAAACCAUUAAAAACAAAGAGCCUGUAUGUGUAAACAGUGUAGCUGUAAAUCCAAAAUCACAAUAUGAAACAUUACUUUGAAAUGAAAGGUCUUGUCCAUCUGUAACCAGGGCCACGAUUAAUUGUACUUCAUGAAGUUCAGCAACCUUAUAGAACUUCCUCAUAUUAUCAGGACUGGAUAUUCCAUCUUAUUCUGGAGAAGAGUCCUAUGUAUACAAUGUCUUAUUCUCUCCCCCCCACCCCCUUUAAUUUACAUGAUGGUAGUAGAUAUUGCUCUAUUAAAUAAAUACAUACUGUGUGUCAUUGUGUGGGAACAAAUCAUAAAAGUACCAUCACUAAUUCUUCAUACUAUUUCCGAGAGAUUAUUGUCUGAGCAUUACUAGGAAUGAAAGGAAACACUAUUGGUUCUCAGUGUUUGCAAGUUGCUAUUUUUUCUGAGAAGAGAGCAAGCUAUUUCAACAUGAAAAGACAGAAAGUAUGGCUCUCACAGUGACAUUGAUUUAAAAUACGAUUGUAAUUUUUCUCACCAUGCAUUUGACCCUUUUUCUUUCAUUCUUUGCUUUUCUUGCAUGAAUUAGGUUGUAGGAAAUGCUACUUACUUAAAAUUCAGAAUUUGGGAGGGGGGGGGUGUCUGUGAAAAUGACAAUUACAGUGACCCUGUUGUUAUAUUGUAUGUAAGGAACCACUGUUUCUUUCAGGUGUCUUCUGGGAGGGCACAAGAAUGAAACCCUCUGCCUGUUUAUUUCAUUUAUACACUAAUUAGGUUUUUUGAUAGUUGAUGGUGACUGUCUGUCUUCCCUUACAGUCUUAAAGAAUAUUCUUUCCUAUAAUAAAGAAUUCCCCUUUGAUGUUCAGCCUGUUCCGCCAAGGUAAGCAACCAAUAAAUUAGAAGUAUAUAUGGAGAGGGCUUUAGGAAGCUAUACCAGAGAUUGGAGUAUAGUGUCUAACAGGGAAUUGUUAUAGGUCAAUUCUAACUUCCUACCCUCUGGAAGGCUACGGAUAUUCCUCAAGCCAUACUGUUCAUUGCAGGCACAUUGAUCUGAAAAUAAUUGAGUGAUGAAGGUGCAUAAUCACCCCUCAGUUGUGGUGUGUGUGUUUUUAAAGGAAGAUCUUAGCACCUGGUGAAGAGGAAGAUUUGGAAUUUGAAGAAGAUGAGGAGGAGGGUGGAGCUGGAGCAGGAUCUCCAGACGCGUUUCCUGCCAGAAUUCCAGGUAGUAGGGGCAUCAUUUUCUUCAAAUGUCAUUUACUAGGAUGAGGGUGAUGAUGUGGGAGUUAAGAUUUGUUGCAGAAGUGUUUAGGUGCACACUUGGAUGGUCAUUAGCUAAUGGAUGGAUACCAGUUGGUACAUCUUCUGUACCAGUCUGUGCAUAGAAGCUUUGCUAAAGUUCUUUUCACAUAGUUUACAUAUAGUAAUAAACUAUUGGUUACUAGUUGGAUAUGAGAUAGGUUUGCUAAUUUUGGAGAAUUCUUUAUACUAGGCCAAAAAGGGGAAACAUUUUACAGAUGUCAACAAGGUAUCUGCUUUUCUUCAGCAGCUAAGUUACUGUAUUUAUUGUAGGAAUUUAUAUUCCGCCCUUCGAGUAAAUUCCUAGGGUGGCUUACAAUGCAAAAUAAAAGAUCCUAUAAAAACACUACCCCAGAGGCUGCUGGAUCCAAUGGGUUUCCAGAUGGCUCUGGAGGAUUUUCUGGCUGAUAUGACUGGCGCUCCUGUCAAAGCCCUGGCUGACCUCUGGAACAUCCAAAGGCUCAUGCCAUUGACACGAUCAGCCUGAAUGCUGUCUCCCGCUUUGUAGAGCCCAUUUGGCUCCCUGGUAUAUUUCAGAGGAAACAAGCUGGGAUACGGCUCAAACAUGAGUGGAGGAAAAUUGCAAUUGAAUGCAAUCGAACACUGGUGAGGGCUCCUCAUCAAGCCUACCUAGUGGCAGUGAAGGCAGUAAAGAGGGCAAACUUUGCUGCCUCCAUUGCACCCUCAUUGUGCUGUCCAGCAGAACUUUUCUGGGUAGUGCGGGGCCUUUUAUAGUCUGUUCUAAAAGAGAUGAUAGAACCAACAGUAGCUCGCUGUGACUUAUUUGCAAAGCAUUUUGAGUAUAAAAUCACUUGCAUCCAUUGGGAUCUUGACUCCACUCCUAUAGCUGAUGAAUCUCUAGAGGUGUGCAGGGCACCUGAUAGUUGUGCUUCCUGUUCCCUGGCAAAUUGCCAUGUCCGAAAUGGCUGUUAGACCACCAGCACUCACUUUCAUUUUUGUUUUCUAUGUCUGGACAAAAUUUGUAGGUAGAUAUGUGUAAACAUAAUGUUGAAAUACUUUUUACAGAAGGGCUUAAAUGUGAAAGGCUUAAGGUGACUCAUGCAACCUAGAUUUCGGGAGGCAUUUUAUACUGCUAUUCUCAAUCAGCUGCUUUGCUGAAUUUGUACUGUUCAUUGUACUUGCUUUGCCUGUACAAUCUGCUUGUUUCCAUGGAUCCCCUAUUGCAUUAUUGUGCUGCCUAACUGUACGUGGUCUUGUCUUCUACAUGCAUGGCUCCAUCGUGUAACCAUAUACUACAUAAUUCAUCUAACACAGGAGCCAAUGAAGGUAUGAUAAUAUCUUAAUGUGAGCAGCUAUUAAUUGUGAAUGUGUUCGUAUUGGCCAGAGCACUGGCCUUGUGCUUUCACUUGGAUGUGAAAACUCUUGUAUGUAAAAUCAUCCUGCCCACAGCAACAAAUGCUAGAUGUUGCAGAGCUCUUUGCCCAUGCCACCACACAAUUAAACCCAAAGUCAGAACAUCUCCAAGUGUCCAUAUUGCUUUAUAUGACCAAGGUCACAUGAAGAAAGUAAUUCCACUUUGGGGGUGGCGGCAGGGGGAGGUUGUAAUUUGAAGAGUAGAUCCUGCAGAUUAAUACCUGGUACUAUCUCUUUCAAAAGGAGGAAAUUUAUGCUGAUAGUUAUUUCUGAACUCAAACAUAUAAUAAUAUUCAUUGGUUACCUUUGAUCAGACCUUUGUGAAACUCUCCUUGCCAGUUGCUGUUUUGUUAGUAUCCUUUAUCUAAGGUGACUCAAAUGUAGAUUUGUACUUAUAUAUACACAGGUUUAUCACCAUAUAGAGCUGCGAGUACAGUUGUUAAUUGGCCCUGAGCCGCCAUUUUGCAUCUGGCUCUGCCAUUUCCCUGAUCCACUAUUUUACACCUGGUUCCAAUUACUGGAUCUCAGAGUUCCAGUUAAACAGCAAUGAAGUUGACCUCAGAGCUGACCUCAACCCCCUGAAGUCUGCCCACCUCAAUUGAAUCGAGGUCUUUGGGUACAGAGGUGAAUCUUUUGUCUUCCCACAAUGGGUGUAUCUGUUCGGUGCUUAUUUGGGGGAUUAGAUGUACUAAUAUAAUAUAUCUGAUCCUUGUAAUCCAAGUGUACUGGAUUACUGGUGGCUGGUACCUUGCUUCCCCAUAUGGUGAACUUUGAAAAGGACCUGCAGACUUCUAACUCAUGAGACUUGCUGCCAGAUCCAAAUGAAUAGCUGUUUGUUUGUGGCUCAAGGUGGUCCUUUGACAUUAGGCAGCCCCGUUUUUCCUUGAAUACAGUCAGUGGAUUGAAUCCUCCAGGUUCAGAAUGUAGAUAAAAACAGUGGUAGAAACUGUGCUGAAGGGCUAUAAUUCUGUUUCUUUAACACCCCCUUGUGUUGUUUUCUUGCCAGGUACAUUAUUACCCAGAUUGCCAUCUGAACCCGGGAUGACGUUGCUUACUCUCAAAAUAGAGAAAAUUGGUCUUAAAGAUGCUGGGCAGUGCAUCGAUCCCUAUAUCACAGUUAGUGUGAAAGGUAGUUGUUGUGUUAGUUGCGUUGGCGAGGCAAUUAAGUCAAGCUUUGUUCCUUUGACACUUCUGAUCUACUCCCGGCUGCCAGCAGACUUGGCAGUAAUUGCUUAAGACUCCCACAGCAAGCAUGUAGUUUUCCCCCUCAACAUGUACACAUUUUCUGACUCAAUCAGUGUUUAUGAAGGGCUGAAAAAUGACACAUUUGUGUCAUGCCAAUACCCCAAGAUACUGGUUUUGAGAGGCAUCCUGCAUCUGUUAGGAGUUGUGCAUUAUCCAGACUUCUUCCAAGUCCUCAACAUCGUAGCUCCUCUUUUCACUUUGAAAUGAAUGCUCACUUUCAAGUCAUAAGUGUUUGAAUCUUUCUUGGCUUUUAACAUUCAGCAAGUCAUGACAGAUUUCUGUUAGAUUAACUUCUUCUGACGAUGAAAGUGUGUUCAAAUAUAUAAAAGCCUUGUCUACCUUUGUAUCAUUCUGUUUCUUAAAAAAUGCUAAUAACAAAGUGUUCCUAAAAGAAUAAAUAGAGCAACAUAUUUUGUGGAUUUCUUGAAAAUCUUCAAGCGACAUUUGAGGUGUGAAAGUAUUGAGCCUUAUCAAAAAAAAGGUGGAUUAUAUGUUUGGAAAGUGCCCUUCACAGAAUUGAAGUUAUGUUAUGCCUGCUGUUACUGUUACUGGUGGGUGAUAGUUUACUGGACAAUAUCCUGCAAUAUACACUGCAAAUGCAUUCAGAUCUAACAUGUCAGAUUUUCUGUACCAAAAUCACCCUUGGAUAGGAAAUAACAUAUACCUUGAGCAUACUACUAGGGAGGGUGAUAUCCUAGUUAUGCAGUGGCCUCACCUGCAACCACCACAUUGUAUUUUCAGUGCCAGGUGAAAAUAUUUGUAUUUAUCCAGGCCUUUUAAACUACUUGAGUUUUUUUAAACAUGAAAUUCGAGUCUUAAUCUGCAAGAAAGGAAAUGAUUAAUGCUGUUUUUAUUUUGUGAGCUUCCAAGAACAUACACUAUAAGAAAAUAUAUUUUACCGAGUAGCCAUACAAACAUAAUGAACAACACUGCAGUUCUGCUUACAGAAAUGUUUUUGAUCCAGUGGAGAUGUCUGCUAAUGUUAGAAAAGUGGCAUUCUUUAACCAAUUCCCCUUCAGUCUAGACCACCCUCCAUGCUGUAUUGGAGGGUCCUUCAGCUAUCUGGAGCAGAAGGCGGGGUGCAGGGUACUGCAACAAGGAGUAGAAAAAACCGUCUUCCCUUUUUUUUUAUGUUAGUCAAUGCUUCUGCUGAAUUAAAAGGAUUCCUUAAGCAGAAUGGCAACAUUGGAUUUCACACUGAAUAAAUAUGUUGUCAUAUUCAUGUGUUUCUCUUGCAACAAGUGAUGCACAAUGAGAAUUCCUAAUAGGUGUGAUACGUCAGUUCCUUGUGGUAUUAUGUACACAAUUUUGGAUUGGACGUGAUAGUCAUGUAAGAUACUCGCCUUGUCUAAAGGUGAUUCUUGUGCUGUUCCCAAAAACAAAUGCUUUUUUCACUAGUAACAUGUAUAAUUCUGUUGUUACAUUUUCAGAAAUGGAGGCAUCUAAAAUUUAAUGCAGUGGUCCUUGUAUUUUUCUAAGAAUUGAAACAGCUCUCUCUCCUGAUAAAAACAUCAUGUUUUGCCUCCUAACAGAUUUGAAUGGGAUAGACUUGACCCCUGUGCAGGACACACCAGUUGCUUCAAGGAAGGAGGACACAUACGUUCAUUUUAAUGUGGACAUCGAGAUUCAGAAACAUGUUGAAAAAUUAACAAAAGGUUUGUUGCAUUGAAAUAGGACCAGCUGAUCAAAGCUGAAUUUAGAACCACUUCAGAAGUCAAAAAUCUAGGGUGGGGAGGAAGAACAUUUCCAUGUUUUGCUUUUGUGACAGAUGGACAACAGUAUUUCUAAUAAUUGCUCAGUACCUUUUAUAACGUAAAGCAAAAAAUGUUGUUUAAUGGGAGGCAGCUUUGUGCCAAACCUAUAAAAAGAAGCACUCUGCCAUGUAACAUGCACUGUGUUGCUACAGCUCUGCGUCAUCUCUACAUUGCUCAGUUGAGUCGUGGGUUCAAGCCCCACAUUGGGCAAAAGAUUCCUGCAUUGCAGGGAGUUGGACGAGAUUACGCUCAUGGUCCCUUCCAACUCUACAAUUCUAUGAGUCUAUGUGGUUGGGGGUCUUCACCCUCUGUAUCCUAGAUUCCUCCCUUCAAGGAAUGAUUCUUUUCCCCUCUGUUCAGGUGCAGCUAUUUUCUUUGAAUUUAAACACUAUAAGCCUAAGAAAAGGUUCACCAGCACCAAGUGCUUUGCCUUCAUGGAGAUGGAUGAAAUUAAACCUGGACCAAUUGUUAUAGAACUGUAAGUGACCUUGGGCACAUCCUGUACACUCGGAUCCUACCAAUUGCUUGCAUGUUGAAGAACAUAACUACUUGUGCUAUGCUGGAUUGGCAAUUGCUGCUCAAAGUCUGCUAGACUGAUAAAGAUGCUGAGCAUCCUCUGUCAAAGUAUUAAAACUUUUAGUAGGUAAGAUAGCAGGAGUGAUAAUCAAAACCUAAUACAUCUUGACAUGGGAUGCUGCAGCGCACAGAGGCAGGUUCAUCGUAACUUUGUGCAUGCACAUGUCCUAAGGAUCAUUAAACUGAAGAGUCUGACAGUUCUUUAUGUCAUUAUAGGUACAAAAAACCCACUGACUUCAAGAGGAAGAAACUCCAAUUGUUGACCAAGAAGCCACUUUAUCUUCACCUCCAUCAAACACUGCACAAAGAGUGACUUUUGUGAACUGAACCACUUGCCACAAAACCAUAGCAGCUGCCUUAUGUAGCACUCAUCCUUCAGGACGCAGGGGAAAUGGCUGCAUUUUACCCAGCAAGUCAAAUGGGACCAUCACCUGCCGCACAUCAAGUGGAUCAGCAGCCAAGCCCUGCCACCUAGGUGCAGUUUUCUUUGGAAUGUAUAUUUUUAUCACAGAUGUUCCAAAGCGUGUUGUGAAUUUUCCUAAUUGGGCUGGUUGUAAGAGUUCAGUUUUGUAAUUUGGUUUCUACACCCAUAUAAGAACACCCCAGUUAAGGCGGUUGGGAAUUCCUCAUCCGCCAGACCUGAUACAGCAAUAAAGAUGUGCCAGUAUCAACAAAAUUAUUAUCGUGGUGGUUGCUGCAACUCUUCAAGUAUGCAUCUCUCUCUAGUCAAUGGAUUGAUUUUAUGAAGGUGACCCCCCACAAAAAAGCACUUGAAUUUACUUGAUACAAAAAGAUACUUGGUCAUGAGUAAGACUCCAAAGUAGGAUGCUGCGCCCUUGAAUCAUGGUGCUUCAGAAUUCCUGAAAAUAAAUAGGUAAUUUACACUUGCUAAAGCAAAUUAGGAAUAAUUUGCUGAUCACAAGAAAGGCUGCUUGAGAUUAUAUAUAUAUAUAUAUAUAUAUAUAUAUAUAUAUUCAGCUGGUUUGCCUACUGACUUGAAUUUUCUACAUUGAUCAUUAAAGGAAAUUAAGCCACCC